AUGAGUCGCAACAAAAUUGAUGUGGAGACACAGUUUCGUGCCUGGCAGAAAGAGCAGAAAAAAAAUGUUCCUGUUAGUUUCAUGGACUGGCAGAACCUGGAGCUCAAUAUGCCCGUCGUUGUUCCUCUUCUUAUUGUCACUGUAAUUACUUCUCUUCUCAUAAUGAUGGUUCCUUUUGUCGGACGCAAUGGGUCAAAGAAAUCUAGGUUUGACCUAGGCAGACGAUUUGCUAAAAAUCUACCCAAGUCACGUGCACUGUUGUUCGCAUCGUGGUUCAAUCCAUUUGUUUUCUCUACGUUUCUCGCAGUAUGGAUAGUUUUAUGUGCAAUUAAUGCAGUGUUUCAACUUAUGCGAGUGGCCUCAACAGAUCCAGAAGGGACGAAGAAUGUGGUGCAAACGACUGCAGCUUUUUUUCAGCCAGCAGUGCUACUCUUUAUACUUCAAUAUUGGGGUAUAACAUGUUUACUUAUUCAUGUUGUUUUCUCUGCAGAAUACUACAUAAUAGGUAGUGCGAUGUCUUUUUUACCUUUUUUGGCAAGUUUUUAUCAGGCAAUGGCUUUAAGUGGGGAUGAAGUGGAUCAUUGGCCCGUUUUAUGUAUUAAUAUGGGACUCUUAUUAUCUUUUGGAGUCACAGUGGCAUUUACAGUGCCGUGGCUAAAGAAUGAGUAUCGCAUCGCUAUGCGAGAUCUUAAUGCGCAUACAACCAACGUCUUGGGGUACCAUAGGAAGGCUGAGAAAGUAGUGGAACAAAAGAAGCGUAAAUAA